AUGCCUUCGUACUAUUACCACUUGAAAUUUGAGCUGUAUCCAACGAGCGACCCGACUGCGUCGCGCAUCACUGCGGACGACGACGACCACAUUUGGCUGCCAACACCACAGACAAGCGUGUUUGGCGACUUGCCGGCGCAUUCUCGACAGAUCGACGAUAUAGGUGCUUCAGAAAACGGGGUCGAGCCGCAAGCGUCGACGCUGGACUGGAGAUUCGGCCGCGUGAGCAUUGAGACGGUUGAUCCGGCUAUGGAAGCUGAGACGAGCAGGAACGGCGGCACCAUCGCGGCGGCCCCGUCUCUAGGGCCCAGCUUUGCCGGUUCGGGCACGGCGACCAAGGCGGCCUGCGUGCGGCUCAACACGCACCGCACAAACGUGGGUUGGGGCGUGGUGCACUUUUAUCGCGACGAGCAGGAGAGCCGUGGCGUGGUGGCGGAGCAGUUUGGUGUCGGAGAGGAGGGGGAAGAGGAGGAACCGGACUGCUCAACGCUAUGCGUGCCCGCGGUGCCGGCGUACAUGGCGCCCGGCGACCUUUGGGGGUUUGUCGGCGAGCGAUGGCGUGGGGACAUUAGCCACUGCCGCAUGGUCAUGACGGACAAGAUGAACAGAUAUCUGGUGCUACUCAAGUUCCGCCACGGCAAAGUGGCGAGGGAGUGGCAGAAGAAGUUUGACGGGACCGUGUUUAAUACGAUGGAGCCGCAGGUUUGCCACGUCGUGUUUGUAAAGAGUAUCACUUUUGAGUCUUCGGCACGCAACUUAACCCUACCGUCGAUACCAUCAUCGUCAUCGGCACCAGUCUCGAAUACGCCAAAGCCGUUUCCGCCGCCGACGCCGAACCUGGUGGAACUCCCGACGUGCCCCGUGUGCCUAGAGCGCAUGGACGAGACGAGCGGCAUCAUGACGAUUCCGUGCUCGCACGUGUUUCACUGCACGUGUCUGCAGAGCUGGAAAGGCGGCGGCUGCCCCGUGUGCCGCUUCACCAAUGCGGCACCCGGCAGCGCAGCCCUCGCCGACGCGAACCCGCUUAGCCGGCCCUUUGGCUCGCACGUCUCUAACCUGUGCAGCGUGUGCGACUGCGCUGACGACCUGUGGAUUUGCCUUGUGUGCGGGUACGUUGGGUGCGGGCGAUACAAGGGCGCGCACGCCAAGGACCACUGGAAGGAGACGGCGCACAGCUUCGCGCUGGAGCUCGAGACACAGUACGUCUGGGACUACGCGGGCGACGUGUGGGUGCACCGUCUGAUCCGCGACAAGGGCGACGGCAAGGUCGUUGAGCUGCCAGGGCGUAGUAGCGAUCGCAGCGCAGAGCCUCGCGCGGCGGCAGAGGACGAGGACGUGGUGCCGCGCGCCAAGCUCGACAACAUGGGUUUCGAGUACACUCACCUCAUCACCAGCCAGCUCGAGUCGCAGCGCGCCUACUACGAAGAGAUUCUCAGCAAAGCCGUCGACAAGGCGGCCAAGGCGUCCGCGGCGGCCGAGUUGACCGCCCAGCAAGCGGUACGCGCGCGGGAGCAGCAGUCUGCGCUCGAGGACCGUCUCCAGACGCUCAGCAUGCAGACGCUGCCGCAGCUCGAGCGGGACCUGGGACGAGAGCGGGCAAAGGCGGAGAAAAGCGAGACGCUGGCGCGCAGUCUGAGCAAGGCGCUGCAGGAGGAGAAGCGCGUGAGCGAAGGGCUGAUGAAGCGCAUCGAGCACCUGGGGACGGAGAGCGAGGAGACCAAGAGGCAGCUCAAGACGCUGACAGAGGAAAUGGCGGAGCUGAGGGAGAUGAAUCGGGAUCUGAGCAUGUUUAUCUCGGGGCAGGAAAAAUUGAAGCAGAUGGAGAUGCAGGGAAAGCUGGAAGGGGGCGAGCUGGAGGGGGGAAGUGCGAGUGUGCCGGAGAAGAAGAGUAGGAGAAGGGGGAAGAGGUAA